GGUUACUUCUGCUUGGCGGUUUUUGCGUUAUUUUGCGACUUUUAAUUCUUCAAAUUGGGUCUUACAGACUUUAAAAUAAAACAUGUUUGAAAAUCAAUCUAUUCACACGGAGCACAAAGAUGUAAUACACGAUGUAGCGUAUGAUUAUUACGGGCAGCGGAUGGCAACCUGCUCAAGUGAUCAGUUUGUAAAGGUUUGGGAUCAGAACGAGAACGGCGUCUGGAGUGUGACGUCCAGCUGGAAAGCACAUUCCGGUUCGGUGUGGCGCCUCUCUUGGGCACAUCCAGAGUUCGGACAAGUUCUUGCAACCUGUUCCUUCGACAGAACUGUAUCCGUGUGGGAAGAAACAGUCGGUGAAAAAACUUCUCCCGCCAUGUCGCCCGUUAAACGUUGGGUACGGCGUACGAACCUAGUCGACUCUAGAACCAGCGUAACAGAUGUUAAGUUCGCUCCGAAAUCACAAGGCCUAGUCUUAGCUACCUCAUCCGCCGACGGUAUAAUUCGCAUUUAUGAAGCACCGGACAUAAUGAAUCUAUCUCAGUGGACUCUGUCACAUGAAAUAGCGGUUAAAAUACCAUUGAGCUGUUUGUCCUGGAAUCAAUCAAUGUUUAGGCUGCAUGCGCCAAUGAUUGCGGCCGGCAGCGACGAUUCCUCGCAAAGCUCUGGCGGAAAGGUGUUUAUUUUUGAAUACAGUGAAAAUUCUCGCCGUUGGACUAAGACUGAAACAAUCAAUUCAAUUACGGAUUCAGUCCACGACAUCGCUUUUGCCCCGAAUGUAGGAAGAAGUUAUCACAUCCUGGCUGUUGCUAGCAAGGAUGUUCAAAUCUUCAACCUAAAGCCAAUUUUAGAACCUACAUCGAACACACGCCUAGAUGUUCAACCGGUGGCACAAUUUGGCGACCAUUACUGUACCGUCUGGCGUGUAACGUGGAACAUCACUGGAACCAUGCUGGCAUCAACCGGAGAUGAUGGCUGCGUUCGUAUGUGGAAAAUGAACUACCUAAAAAACUGGCGUUGUGCAGCAGUGCUUAAGGCGGAAAAUACACAAUCGGUACAAGAAAACUCUGCACCCCCUUCAGUAAACUUAUCAAGCAUAGUAAAUGCCACUGCGAAAUACUACAAGCGUGGCACAAUCAGUCAUCCCAGUCAAGUACCGCGACAUUAGUUUUAUGAUAUAUUUAACUAAUAAAGUUGUUUCAACUUAC